AUGCUUCGAGAAGAGAAUGAGCAGCCUGACGUGGUGGUGAAAGACUUGAUCUUCGCGUGUCAGAAGGUCGGCUUGACCAUCAUGGAUGUGAAUGAUUCUGCAAAGGAUUUCAAUUGGAAGACGCGAUAUGCCAAUAGAUAUGUGCUCACGAUGGUGCAAAAGCCCAACAUCAGUAGCACUUCCCUGAGUGAGGUGCUGGGGGCCAUUGGCUCCAAUGGGAUCAACAUCAUCAAGAUUGAACGACUCAGCACACGCGAUAUCGCCUCCCUCCAGUUCACAGUCAGUUUGCCAGAUGACCUUUCAUCCGAUGACUUUGCCAGCAAGAUGGUGGAGGUCUCCAAGAAGCACGGCGCCGACAUCGCCAUCCAGCGGGACGACCUGGAGCGCUGGAUGCGCCGACUCGUGGUCUUUGACAUGGACAGUACUUUGAUUCAGCAAGAGGUGAUCGAUGAGCUGGCGAAGCUCGCGGGUGUUGAGACCCAAGUGAAGGAGAUCACCGAGGCGGCCAUGCGUGGGGAGCUGGACUUCUUUGGAUCGCUGAAGUCCCGGGUCGCCUUGUUGAAAGGCCACAAUGCGGAGGAACUUUUUGCCAAGGUGAAGGCGAACCUCAUUUUUACACCUGGAGCCAAGAAACUUUGCACCUGCUUGAAGCGCUUAGGUUUCAAGACUGCAGUGAUCUCAGGAGGCUUUUUGCCCGUAGCGCAGGAGGUGCAGAGAUAUUUGGGUUUGGACUACGCCUUCGCCAACACCUUGGAGGUGGACGAGACAACAGGCCUCUUGACCGGCCAGACCUCGGGGCCCGUGGUCACCCCUCAGCGGAAGCGGCAGCUCUUGGCCACCAUCGCCAACGUCGAAGGCUGCGAGAUCCAGCAGACCAUCGCUGUGGGCGACGGCGCCAAUGACAUCCCGAUGCUCCAUGCAGCUGGACUUGGCAUCGCCUUUUGUGCCAAGCCCAAGGUGCAAGAAGUCUCCAGAUAUCGCAUCAAUCAGAUGGAUCUCAGCACCGUCCUGUUCCUCAUCGGCAUUUCCGAAAGAGCAAUGGAACGACUGGCUGAUGAAACUCCAUGUGGCAUGUAG